AUGAUAGCCGCUCAGGCAAAGUUGGUGUAUCACCUCAACAAAUACUACAACGAGAAAUGUCAGUCUCGAAAAGCAGCCAUCUCCAAGACCAUCCGGGAGGUGUGCAAGGUGGUAUCGGAUGUCCUGAAGGAGGUCGAGGUCCAGGAGCCCCGCUUCAUCAGCUCUCUCAGCGAGAUGGAUAAUCGUUUCGAGGGACUGGAGGUCAUUUCACCCACCGAGUUUGAGGUUGUACUCUAUCUGAAUCAGAUGGGAGUAUUCAACUUUGUGGAUGACGGGUCUCUCCCGGGCUGCGCCGUGCUCAAGCUCAGCGACGGCCGAAAGAGAAGCAUGUCUCUCUGGGUUGAAUUCAUCACAGCCUCCGGUUACCUCUCUGCGCGCAAAAUCCGCUCGAGAUUUCAGACACUGGUAGCACAGGCAGUGGACAAAUGCAGCUACAGAGAUGUUGUCAAAAUGGUCGCUGACACGAGUGAGGUGAAGUUGCGCAUUAGAGACAGAUAUGUGGUGCAAAUCACGCCCGCGUUCAAGUGCACUGGGAUCUGGCCACGAAGCGCUGCGCACUGGCCUCUCCCUCACAUCCCAUGGCCGGGACCUAACAGAGUGGCAGAAGUCAAAGCGGAAGGUUUCAAUCUUUUAUCCAAAGAGUGCUACUCGCUGAACGGCAAGCAGAGCUCAGCAGAGAGCGACGCCUGGGUCUUGCAGUUCGCCGAGGCCGAGAACCGGCUCCUCCUGGGUGGAUGCAGGAAGAAAUGCUUGUCAGUCCUCAAAGCUUUACGCGACCGUCACCUCGAACUGCCGGGGACACCCCUAAACAACUACCACAUGAAAACUUUGGUUUCCUACGAGUGUGAGAAGCAUCCCAGGGAGUCAGACUGGGAUGAGAACUGUCUCGGUGACCGCCUGAACGGGAUAUUAUUGCAGCUUAUUUCGUGUUUGCAGUGCAGAAGGUGUCCGCAUUAUUUCCUGCCUAAUUUAGACCUGUUUCAAGGAAAACCUCACUCUGCUCUAGAGAACGCAGCCAAACAGACUUGGCGACUGGCAAGAGAAAUACUGACCAACCCCAAAAGCUUGGAGAAACUCUGA